GGCGAGGCAGGGGCCUGCUUGCCAGAUACCUGCAGGGCUCCGGUCCCUUCAAGCAUGAACCUUACCAUCUGGGCUCCAGCACUCCCACUGUGCUCUUAGUUCUCUGUGAGGCCUAGGGCCCUGGAGGACUUCUUGGGGUUCCUCCAGCAACCAUCAUGCAGGGUGGUGCUGGGGACCGCUCUCUUGCUCGGAGGUGGAGGCCUCAUGCUGUGGGCUCACAGGAAGAAAAGGAAGGCAGCCACUGAGACUACAGAAGACAAGCCUCUGGAAUCCCACCGAGCAAAUGACAGCUGGAUCAAAUCUCACUUCAGCCGCCUAUCCGAGGAGAGGUUGCCCACCUACCGCUAUGUCAGCAACAAUGGCCACUCACCUGAAAGCAGGCAUGGGGAAGUCAAUACCACCCUCCACGUGGAUACCCUCACCACCAAACACGGAGAAAGGGGCGCGGCUCUGCACCGAGAUUCGUUUGCCAGCAAACAGAAGAUAUCUGGAAGCUCAAUGACCAAAGAGAUGCAGAGGGAGUCAGGGAAGUCCCCGUCCAUGGAGGAUGACACCUGGGCUGCUGUGGCAGCUUGUACGAAGGAGAUUGAUGCCAAGGGGCAUCGCGUGGCUAACUCCAUGCUGCAGCGCUCCACAACUCACCGUCGUAAAGGCCAUGCAGAAUCCAGGAACAUCAGCCCAGAAGAGCUGAAGGCUCUGGAGGAGGUGGAGAUAAAACUGAAAGGGAAUUUCCUAACUCACCAUGAAACUGGAGUAGCUGGGGCCAACCAAUCGCACACAGUCUAUAGCCAGAGUCGCCAUAGUAACCAAAGCCACCAUUCCUAUCCAAGCCACCAGAGCAACCAGAGUCAUCCCGUUUACUCCAGCUACCAGGGUCAUCAUCCAAGUCACUUGAGCCCCCAGAGUUAUCCAAGUUACUCAAGUCACCAGAGUCAUCCGGGCCACUCCAACCACCAGGGUCAUUCAGGCCUCUCAAGCCACCAGACUCAUCUGGGCCACUCCAACCACCAGGGUCAUCCAGGUCACUCGAGUCACCAGAGUCACCAGGGUCAGCCAGGUCACCCAAGCCACCAGAGCCAUAAUCUGCCCAACCGCAGAAACCCAAUCUAUGGCUCUUGAAACCAUGUGUCCCUGCCCCCCACAGGGCUGGCUCUCAUACAUAGGCCUGUUUUCUCUUCUAUGGGGAAACCUACGCGGUCAGGGUAAGAGACUGCCAACCAAAUUCCUGCUGCUUCUGGCCCCAGCAGAGGUCAUGAGGGAAGGAGGAAAGGACGCAGCUUCAACAGCCCAAAGGCCCUGAUGACCCACGAGAGAAGACAGGAGGCAGAUUACAGGAGCAACCACAAGCCCCACACUGACUCCACAUGCCUGAAUGGAGCCAAUAAAGCCCUGCACACCCUC